CAUGGCUAUGUUUAAAACAAUAUUGUAGAUAAGAGAGGGACUUCAUUAUAAUCCUUAUUUUCCUGGUGGAGCAAUUGCCAUGCCUAAAAUGCUUAAUGAUGGUGCUGUGGAGUAUGAAGAUGGUACCCCUGCUACAGAAGCUCAGAUGGGGAAAGAUGUUGUGUCAUUCUUAUCUUGGGCCGCGGAACCCGAAAUGGAAGAGAGAAAACUGAUGGGAUUUAAAUGGAUAUUUGUACUGUCACUGGCACUACUUCAGGCUGCCUAUUACCGUCGGUUGAAGUGGUCAGUUCUAAAGUCUCGCAAGCUGGUUCUUGAUGUUGUCAACUAGCCGCCUCAAGUUUCAUUUUCACUUAUGCAAAGUUUAUUGUUGGCAAUAAUUUGUCAGAUAGUUAAGUUGUUUCAUCAUUUCAAAUUCGUUAUGCAAAAUUAAUGGUUAAUGGAACAACCGGAAGAGUGUUCUAAUUUUGUUUGAGAUAAAAUUGUACCAUGCACUAGAUGCGUUUACUUUUUCUUAUCCAUCUCGGACCUGUGUAUUGUUGCAUUUUCCGAGAGGUGUUAUACUCUUAAAUUUUAUGGAACUUACCUGUCACCGGGAUUCAUGUUGGUCGUUAUUCAAUAAAAGAAAUCUAGAUUAUAUGCCCA